AAUUUCAGUCCAAUCUUUAUUAUGGAGCACAUGUUGGCGUCGACCGCAGUUUGCGCAUGCCUAAUUGCACUACUAAUAGUUCAGUGCAAAGCAUGCAAACAUGUAUCAAAUUACGAUCGACAUCCGGGCAUCGAUCUACAAGGUCACGUGAUCAAAACAAUGACGACAUCAGACUUGGGUGAUUGUGUGAUUGGAUGCAUCAAGACGCCAGGGUGUUUGUCUAUCAAUUCUCACAACGCUGGUAACGUCAUACAUUGUGAGCUUAACAAGUCAAACCGGUAUGGCAGCCAGGCGAACCUGAUUAAAACCAAUUUUGAUCGAGCAUAUUUGGAAUUGGUUUUCAAUCAUUGGCCGGAAGCUUGUUUACAAAAAGAUGGUUGGUAUCGAAGCAAGUCUGCCGCAUAUAAGUUUGUUAACGAGACUGCGGACGCUCUAGAAGCUCGUCAGCGGUGUAACAAUAUGUCAGCAGGCGCAGAUCUGUUGUCUGUUGCUGACAAAGAGGAGGAGCAGUUAUUGGAAAAGUAUCUUCAAGACUUUGGAAAGUGGGGCCAAAUAUGGUUAGGGAUCAGCGACAUUGCUAAAGAAGGGACUUUUGUUUGGUUUGAUGGUACCAAAUCUGUUUACAGAAACUGGAGAGAUGGUGAACCGAAUGAUAAUCACAAUAAGGAAGAUUGCGCGAGCAAACUGCAAGGAGAAGGCAAGUCGUUUGCAGGACAAUGGAAUGAUGUGACAUGUGAUUCCAAACAUUUUUUCGUCUGCAAAACAUUAUGCAUGUAAAAUCACACAAAGUUGUAAUCCCGUAAAAGAAUCUCCAACAAUAGCCUCCUCCACAGGCAACUCUUUUUUCCUCCUUUGGGCUUCCUUUGCAACGG